AAAGCUGGCAAAUGAUCAGUUCGAAGUUUUCUGGAGUGUUAGUGUCAGUUCGCAUUUCGCUUUAUUAUUUGGUCGGAAGAGAUAGAUAGUUGUUUAUUUACUGUGAAUGGAUAAUUGACUUAAUUUUUCAAUUGAUCAGUAACGUGGACCACUAAUCCUUUAUAGUGAGAGCUUUUAUUAUAAUUCUAUCAAAUUUAAUUCUCGAUACGAUCAUGUGUUUAACGGUUUAAAUUUAAUAACAUUUGGUGGUAUCGGUAAACAUCUGUCUUUUCCUAACUUUCUUGAAGACUAGUGAUCGUUGCUUGUUUCCCAGACAGCAGUCUCACCAUUCUUGUGGCCAAGACAAGGCGUUAUCAUUUGAUAUCCCGAAUCGGAAAACCAUUGUUUGGAUUAUGACGAUUUGAGAGAGAAAACACUAUUCAGUAUAGUCUAGGAGAAAACGCCAUCCAUACCCAAUUCCUCGAGGCAUGCCCUCAUCAAUUGCAUUGGAAUAGAUAGGAAAUACACGAGAUAAUUAUGAAAAAUUCUUUGGAGAAAGAUGCGACGCCCUGCGUUGCGGGUCAGCGAAAAAAAAGAUUCCCAGGAAGGUGGUCAAUCCGCCAGCUCAUCUACUCCAGUCCCUUGUUGAACCGAAGACGUAAUCAAGGUAAUGGUUCAACCCCAAAACCUUCAAGAAGUCAUGAAAAAGAGGCGGAUAUUCGAUCGGGAAACUCAUCUAGAGAUGUCGAAUGUGGCCUUCCUCAUCCUGUGGAAAUUCAUCAGGCAGCUAGUAGAACUUCCGUGUUUACCGGUAGUACUAAAAGCGCUGACGUUCCACCUGCAUCCCUAGAAUGCCCGUUGUGUUUCGCGGAACUCGGCCCCGAGGAAUUCUUCGAGGUGGCAAGUUGCGGUCAUCGAGCCUGCCUGCAAUGCAUGAAGCAAUAUCUGAGGGUGGAGAUUUCCGAAUCACGUGUUAUCAUCACCUGUCACGAAUGCCCGGAACCCAUUCAUCCGAACGAAAUCAAAUUCAUCCUCGACGACCCUGCCAUGAUGGACAAAUAUGAAGACUUUAUGGUUAGAAGAGUAUUAGCAGUUGAACCAGAUACAAGAUGGUGUCCUGCUCCGGACUGCGGAUUCGCUGUAAUAGCAAGUGAAUGCGCUAGUUGUCCAAAACUAAGAUGUGAGCGACCAGGAUGUGAUUCGUUUUUCUGUUAUCACUGUAAGGCUGAAUGGCAUCCCAAUCAGACAUGUGAUGCUGCGCGUGCUCAGAGAUCUCCCAAUGUCGUUAGGUCUUCGUCAAUUGCAUAUAGUACAGACUCUCAAUAUAAAGAAGAUAUAAAGCCCUGUCCGAGAUGUGAAGUAUUAAUCGUUAAAAUGGACGAUGGUUCGUGCAAUCAUAUGAUGUGUGCUGUCUGUGGUGCAGAAUUUUGUUGGCUGUGCAUGAAGGAAAUUAGUGAUUUGCAUUAUUUGAGUCCCUCAGGAUGCACAUUUUGGGGUAAAAAGCCAUGGUCUAGAAAGAAGAAAAUUUUAUGGCAGCUGGGUACUUUAGUAGGAGCACCUGUUGGUAUAGCUUUAGUCGCCGGUAUUACAGUACCAGCCAUGAUUAUAGGUAUUCCUGUUUGGAUUGGCAGAAAAAUAUACACUAGGUAUCAGACGGCCAACAAACAUAAAAGAAAUGCUGCCAUUGUAGGAGGAGUAUUAGCUGCGGUUGUAAUAUCUCCGAUACUUGCCGGCUUAGCUGUAGGAAUAGGUGUACCAAUUCUUCUCUUCUACGUCUACGGGGUAGUUCCAGUUUCGCUGUGCCGUUCCGGUGGAUGCGGAGGAGGAUCGACAACAGACGACAAUGACGUCAUAGACUGCAACAGAAUUGACAGAAACUCCAUCGACGCCGUGAGUGUAAACACGAAAAUCAACCCAUCGAUAGGAGAGGCCAGCUUAUCCUUGGCUAGCGAUAGUCACGUCCUACGGGAAGCAGAUCGGGAAUCCGCCAGUACAGUUGCCCUGGCCGGAAGCAUGGCUGGACAUCGUUUGGAGGUGCAAGCCGAUCUGAACUCGACGCAGAGAUAUAGUAUCACCAGUUUAUCAGCCGAAUCUGGCAACGCAAGUUUCGAUGAAACUGGAGCUUCGAUGAGAGCUUUAGCCGGAUCCAUUUUCAAUUAUAAGGGAAAUGGAAGUGAUUCAUGCAGUUAUAAUACCAACGAAGAUGGUGCAUCAGAAAGAGUAAGAUUUGAUGAUAAUGUGAGUUACAAGGCGUCUCAAGCUGAGAAAGUCAGCAUUGGAAGCAGUUGCAGUUAUCUAUCAAAAUCCAAGAAUGUUUUGAGACACGAUCGUUUGCAUGAUACAGUUAGUAAUGAUAGUAUCUACAUAGACAUAACCCCAACGGAGGAAAACCCAGCUAGGAAAUUCGUUUCACAAACUGCGUUCCUGAGGAGUCAAUUUUUUCACAGUAGCAUAAACGAACAAAAACCAAUCACAAAAAGCAUGGAGGAAAGAACCAUUAUUGAGGUAUCCAACGAAACUCUCGAUAAACCAUCCUGUUCAGGAUCUCUGAAUUCACUAAAUUCCAAGUCCACCCACGAAACAACUGAACUAUGAGUUACCUUGUAAAUUUAAUUUUACCAAGACUGAUGUCCAUAAUAAAUAUUAAAUAAUUUAUUUUAUAUCAAAUUUAGCUUAGAGUCGAAAAUUUCCGAUUUGUGAAUAUUUGUGAGUUCAAUGUUGGUUCUACUUUUGUAUUUUAAUGAUAGAAGAACUUGUUUUGUAAAUGGUGAAUUCUCAAACACCAAAAAUCUUUUAGUUUUUUAUAUCUAGCUUUUAAAACGAUGUUAAUUCUCGAAUUCAUUUGGACUGGAAAUGAAAAGAUAAUAUUUAAUUGAGUGGAAUUUUCUGUAUUUCUUGGAAAUUAUAUUUAUUUGUUGGAAUGUAUGUAUUGCGAUUAAAAUAAAAAAUUGUCCUUGUAAA